AGAAGAAUCGUAGCAGUGGAAACGGAAGUACAUAUUGUUGUGCAGUGUUCCGCUUUGUAAACAAAAGGAGUGAAAUAUUAAAUCAGUUCACUGCACACCUGUGUAGUUCUCCAUGGUUAUGACAGCCUGUUAGUUUUCUGUGCUUCAGAUGUUCUGAAUUACUGUAGUGGCAUUCCUUUCUUUUGGACAUUAACCGGACAAAUCUGUCAUGGACAGUGAAGUGUCAGAUUUGGAGCAGCCUCCUGGACCGGAGAGGAAUCUGAAUCCUGGCAAUGCACGUGUUUAUUGCGUCUGUCGCAAACCAGACACCAACUGCUUUAUGAUUGGUUGUGACAACUGCAAUGAGUGGUUUCAUGGAGACUGCAUUAAAAUAUCAGAGAAGAUGGCCAAAACCAUCCGAGUCUGGUACUGUGAAAAGUGUCGGAGUAAAAAUGAAUCCUUAGAGAUUAAAUUCCGCCCCAAGAAAAGCAGAGAGAAAGAAGCGGAGGCAGAUGGGACAGAUAACCAGCAAGAUGCAACGGAUUUCGGCUGGAAGUCGGAUGGACGGCGUGGGUCACGGAUUAAGCGCUCAGCUCGCAUGUGUGGAGAAUGUGAACCCUGCAUGCGCACAGAGGACUGUGGACUGUGUGAUUUCUGUAAAGACAUGAAGAAGUUCGGCGGCCCGAAUAAGAUCAGGCAGAAGUGUCGGCUGAGACAAUGUGAAGUGCGCGCUAGGAAAAUGUUGCGAGUGAAGGAUGAGGAGGGCUCCAUGUCUAAGAGCAGAGAUUAUCAAGAUGGCCCGCUGUCUGAAGACUACAGUGAGAAUGAGCUGGAGCUGUAUCAGCAGUACCGUGCCGGAAAGUAUGGAGAACACAGCACGGGUUGGAACAGUGAUGAUGAUGAUGAUGGUUCAUAUGCGGGUUCAUCUAUGAGAAAGAGAGCUGUUAAAGUCAAGCACGUGAAAAGAAGAGAAAAGCGAUCUGAAAAAAAGAAAGAGGAGAAUAAGCCUCGGAAGCACAAACCCAAACAGAAGCACCGUGACCGGGUGAGACACCCCGAGCGGGCAGAGGUUCGGGACAGCGGAGGAGCCAGACAGUGUCUCGGACCCGGAUGUGUCGAAGCUGCACGCGCUAACUCCAAAUACUGCUCUGAUGACUGCGGCAUGAAGCUCGCUGCCAAUCGAAUCUGUGAGAUCCUGCCACAGCGUAUCCAGCAGUGGCAGCAGAGCCCGUGCAUCGCUGAAGAACAGGGCAAGAAGCUCCUAGAACGAAUCCGCCGUGAGCAACAGUCAGCUCGCAUGCGACUCACUGAAAUGGAGAAACGGUUCCAUGAGCUGGAAGGCAUCAUUGCUAAAGCCAAACAGCAGGUCGUGCAGCACGAUGAAGAGGUCAAUGAGGGCGAUGACGACACAGAUUUGCAAAUCUUCUGUGUGUCCUGCAGUCACCCAGUUAACCCCAAGGUGGCGCUGCGACACAUGGAAAGGUGCUAUGCAAAGUAUGAGAGUCAGACAUCAUUUGGCUCCAUGUACCCCACUCGCAUAGAGGGUGCUACGCGGCUCUUCUGUGAUGUUUACAAUCCACAAAGCAAAACCUACUGUAAGAGACUGCAGGUUCUCUGUCCAGAACACUCCAGAGACCCAAAGGUCCCUGCGGAUGAGGUCUGCGGGUGUCCAUUGGUUCGUGAUGUAUUUGAACCCACUGGAGAAUACUGCAGGGUGUCCAAACGCAAGUGUAACAAACACUACUGCUGGGAGAAACUCCGCAGGGCCGAAGUGGACCUGGAACGAGUCCGAGUGUGGUACAAGUUGGAUGAAUUGUUUGAGCAGGAGCGCAACGUAAGAACAGCCAUGACAAAUCGUGCAGGUCUCAUGGCCCUCAUGCUGCACCAGACAAUCCAACACGACCCAAUUACCACAGACCUGAGAACUAACAAGGACAGAUAAGGUCACUGUCAUUCCCUUUUAUCGUCUUUUCAUCUUUUAUCCAUGAUGUUCAACCAUGAAGCAACUCUCCUGGCAGUCUUCGAUGAGGUUUUGUCUUUGAUCUUAGAGAGAAAACGAACCAUUGCUGCUGAAGUCGCCUCACGUUUGUGAAGAGUCAGUGUCUUAGUCGUUGUUUGUUAAAAUUGUAUUUCAUGUACGACACUCGUUAUGUUUCUGUAUUGUACAUGCAUUCAUGUAACCCUUGGCUUCACUCUCUGAAUGGUGCUGUAACAACACUAAAUUGUUGUGCUUGCAUUUUUUUUAGAUUUUUAAAUAAUCUUGUAACCAUGAAUUGAGCAUUAAAAAGGUAAACUGGAAAAAGCUUUAAAAAA